UGGAAAAAUUGCCCUUUAGAACCCCCAAUUUAGGCGAAGAGCGAUUUGAGUGUAGGCAGAUGGCUGAGUAUAGCACCAUCUCGAGUAAUUAGCACACCAAAAAAAUCUUCUUUGGUUCCUCUCUCAUAAGACACACUCUGUCUCCUCCUCUCUUUGUUCGCUCAGUUCAAACAUGCCCGACUCUCCCAGACGGAGCUCUCCCACCGCAGUCUAGGGUUUCUCUGGUUAUUCCAUUCUCGCGAUUAUACCGAGUGACAAUAAAUUAAACCGCUGCUGCUCUAAGGCGCAGAGAAAUGAGUAGAAGCAGCAGGAAACGCUCUUCUAAAUGGGAUUUGCCUGAAGAGCCUCAAUUUGAAGAUGCAAAUAUACCAGAUGAUGGUUGGAUGGGAAAAGCGGGUAGGCCAUUUCAUCAUAAAGAAUCUGGACGUGAGUGGCACUCUCCAGAGCUUGGUGGUAGUAAUGCUUCAAAAUGGUCAGGUUUAGAGACGAAUGAUAUGCAGAGAUCUAAGCGUGGUUUAGGAUUGCCAUCCAGGGAAGCUUUGCCUGGAAGCAGAAGCUCACAUAGGAAUGAAAGUAUCAGUAAGGGCGGCAGCAGAUACACAGAAGACUCCAUGGUCUGGGAUGAAGAUGGAAAUUGCAGCACAAGGAUGUCUCCUGGUCUUGAUGAGUGGAGACAACUUCGUAGUCGGUCCCCCAAAAGUGGUUGGAGCAGGUCACUGAGGGGUAGGAGUAGAAGUAGAAGCUGGACCAGGAGUAGAAGCCAGAGCUGGAGCAGGAGUCCAGAUCGUGGCUAUAGGCGAGAAUCAGUUUUCCUUGAUAGAAAUAGAAGCAGAUCGGGAGUUUCAGCUCAAGUGUGCAAAGAUUUUGCUGGUGGAAGAUGCAGGAGAGGAAGUGAUUGUCAGUUACUACAUGAGGGUAAUUCAAGUUAUGAUGAUAGCUGGGAAGGUAGGCACAGGAAUGGCAGCGCCUCAAAAUAUUCUACACCCCCUGUUUCAGGGGACAAUCCAUUAAAGAGUGGAAGGUCUUCGGUGUAUGGUAAUGAUUUCAUUAAUGGGAAGUCUAGGAGGGAGGCAUCUAGCAAGUUUGAUAAUCACCGAGUUUCUGAUGGGUUCAGUAAAGGUUCUGCAAAUGAGAUUAUUAGAGAAAGGGACAAUGAUAGAGAAAGGGACAGUGAUACAAGGAGAAGAGAUGCUUCUACAGAGCGAGGUGUUGAGCGUGAACCCCGCAGGAGUGGUGAUAUUCCUUGCAAAUUUUUUGCCGCAGGAAAUUGUCGGAACAAAAAGUUUUGUCGGUUUUCCCAUCAUAUUCAGUCACAUGCGAGUUCUGAAAGAAGGUCACGGGAUGACAGGUGGGGAUUGGGCCACAGUUUAAAUGAUACAGACCAGGCAUGGAAUGGUCGAAAAUGGAAUGACACUCCGUCAGAUUCUGCAAAGUUGAGUCCAGAUAAUACUGGAAGGCCACGGGAUGGCAGAUGGGCCCUGGGCCACAAAAUAAAUGAUGCAGACCAGGCAUGGGAUGGUCAAAAAUGGAGUGAUACUGUGACUCUGCCAGAGUCGGCAAAGUUGGGUGCAGAUAAUAACGGAAAUAUUGGUGUUCCGGAGCUGAGGUCUGGUGCUUGGUCUAUGAAUGAUAAUAGUUGGGGGCGUGGUCUGAACAACGAGAACCAAAUGCGUGGUGACCCAAGUGUUAGUCAUGAAGCAGCCAAGAGGAAUGAGAAGGAAGCACAACUGUGGAAGGAGGAUAAAGUAGGUGCUAAGUCAAAAGAUACUGAAAAAUGGCUCGGAGAUAUGUCUCCGGAUUGGAAUUAUACAUUGCAAUCCUCCAAUAUUGGGAAAGAAGAGCAUGGUCACAUUAGACGGGGUUCAGAAAUUUCAAGAAUUAAUGAUACUUCUUUAAAUGCUUGCAAACAAGAUAUGUCUCCGGAUUGGAAUUAUACAUUGCAAACGUCCAACAAUAUUAGCAGAGAAGAGCAUGGUCACAGUGCACGGGGUUCAGAAUCUUCAAGACUUAAUGAUACUUCUCUAAAAGCUAGCAAUCAAGAUAUAAUUCGAGAGGCUUCAGUCCAGGUACAUGGUGGUGCUUCAGUUAUGCAACCAAUGAUAGCUGAAAGACCUAAUUAUCUACAGAACCAGGAUAUAAGGGAAGGUGGUUCUAUUGGAUUGCCACAUGAUGGCAAGAAUGCAAUUGAUAGAACUGCUAGUUCUCGCACUGACCUCAAUGUUUCUGCAAAUAUCAUGUCACACCAAAGCUUUGACCAUAAUGUGCAGAGUUCAACUGCUUCUCCCUUUCCUGGCAUGAACACAAUCGGGCAAAGUCAAGCGCUUAUCCCAGCUCACACCCAAGGAGGACUUGUAAAUCCACAAGAUACACUAUCUGGACAGAGGAAAUCUGUCAUCAAGUUAGAUAUAGGGGAUUCAAAAACAUCACUAGUUACUGGCCUUCCUCCAGUGCCUAAUGUGGUAGGUGGUAAAGAUCUCACACAACUUACCAGUCUUUCAGUCUCGCUGGCUCAGUUAUUGGAAAAUGGACAUCAGCUUCCACAGCUUUAUGCUGCUUUAAAUUCUCAUAAUGCAUUGAAUGCUUCUCCAUUUCCCAAAUCUGAAGGAUCUUCUGAGCAGCUUUCAGCUAUUCAGCCAGAACCAGCCAUGUUGUCUCAGAAGCCAUAUGAUCCUACAUCUGAUAGCAUGGAACUUAAGAAGCAAGAACACAAUAACAACAAAGCGUGCCUUCUGCCAAAUAGCACAGGGAAGACAGGUGUUGAUGGAAAAUUAGAAAAGCCGUCAGAUGAUUACCAUCAGAUUCGUAAUUCAGUAGAAGAACCUAGGCGUAAGAGCCACCAGUUGAAUCAGCCUGAUGGAAAUAAUGAACUUGGGGUUGAGGAAAGUAAGAAAGUAGAAGAAGAGAAUAACUCCCCCGAAAAUGGUCCCUUGGAGGUCGCAGAUAAAGAUGGGGCUGAUGAGGGCAAGAAACUCAAGGAAGUGAAGGGGAUACGUGCAUUUAAAUUUGCUCUUGCGGAGUUCGUUAAGGAUCUUUUAAAACCCUCAUGGAAAGAUGGUCAAGUCAGCAAAGAUGCAUACAAAACCAUAGUGAAAAAGGUGGUUGACAAAGUGACUGGUACCAUACCGGGGGCUAAUAUUCCACAGACACAAGAAAAGAUUGACAGUUAUUUGUCAUUUUCAAAACCGAAGCUGACAAAACUUGUACAGGCAUAUGUGGAAAAAAUGCAAAAAGGCUAAAAGUGGAGGAAAUGGUGUUGAUUUAUUUUGUGUCGUACAACAUUGCUGGCCGUCAUAACAUCCCCGGUCUCGCAGCCUUUGGACAUAUUAGUUUUCCAUCCUGUAAUGUAUACUAAUUGGCUCGAGGAUAGUGAAACUUAAGACUGAAUAAUAGAGAAUGCUAGCAUUUGAUUUCUUUCUUUUAUUUCUUGAAAUGUUUGUGGCUUCAUUUGUUUCUUAGUUUGUUUUCAUCCUGCGCAAUGUUCAGGAAUUGUUGGUGGCUUCCGUUACUCUG